AUGAUAACCUCUGUGUCACUCAUCUCGAAGCUCCUGCUUUCGAGGGUACUACUUAUCGGCCCUGAGAAGUGCAUUUCGUUGCAAUCAAAGCUCCUGAUCGCCAUCGCAUCCCCAGAUCCAAAGGUCAUCGCCAUCGUGGGCACCUACACCCUCACCGCUUUGCUAAUCUGUAUCUGCCCGGGUGACCCGACAAGCUGGUACGCUGAGCUCGGGGGCGUUGGAGAAGGUGUCAAGCUGGGGGUCCUAAUUAGCCCACAUCGGGCUAUUCGUGCGGCUGCAUUGCCGUUCCCGCCAGCAAAGUGGAGUUCCAUCUCGUUGGCGGUCAUGCAUGGACGAAGGCGAUGGAGCACUGAAGACCAUAUACAAGAUCUCUGA